GUCUUGUCGUCGUUGCGUUCUCGAGAGACGUGACCGAGCGAGCGUCCCCCUCUCUGCGAUCGAUUGCAACGCCUGCUCAUUGCUGUACCCUCGCCAUGGCGUCGUGUCUCUGCUCUCUCAGUAACAGAAAGUGGCCGCCUCUCCGCUGUUGCUGCCGACUCAAAGCUCACAGACUCGCUCGGCGCCCCAAACCGCCAUUUUGGAGUCAGAGAACCGAGAGUCGGCAGCAGCGACGAGAGAGACGAACGGGGGCACACGGGGCCGAGGGUUUUUCCACCUUUGUCUGAUCAUUUGUCUUGGAAUCAAGAGCAAUGACACCCUUUACUGAGAAGUAAAAGUUCCUGCCCUGCCGGGCAGAGGUGUCUGUGUCGCAUGGCGUCAGGGCAGGGUGGCCGGCUGGCGCUUGGGGCAUCAGGGAGCUCUGGCCUGGCCAAACCUCUCUACCUGCAGCGCUUAGAAAGAUCCCUGAGGUUGGACAGUUUCCUGCGCCAGACCACCACCAUCUUCAACGGAGACAUAACCAGUGACGACAGUGACGACAGUGAUGACAGUGAUAGUGCGUUGGGGACGGGCCUAUCGCUGGACCACUCCACUCAACAUACAGCUUUGACAGUGAAGAGUGAGCCGUGUGAACAGGGGGAUGGGUUGGCUGAGGUCAAGCCCCUCAAUGGAGUUCUGCUGCAAGGCAAAGACCAAAAGGCAGAUAAAACAUGCCUCUACAAUUUCUCCAAGCUGAAGAAAAACAGGAAAUGGCUCAAGAACAUCCUGUUGAGUGACGACACCACAGACUCGGACACGGACUCAGACGACUCUGAUUUCUGUUUGUCUCGGGAGGAGCUGCAUGACAUGCUCAGACUCCAUCGCUAUACCAGGCAGCAUCAGAGCAAGUUCCACUCUGACCGGGAGCUUCACCAAUAUCAGUACUACAGCACUGGACUCCUCUCUACUUACGACCCCUUCUACGAGCAACAGCGCCACCUACUGGGCCCAAAGAAGAAGAAAAUCAAAGAUGAGAAGAAAUUCAAGGCCAAACUGAAAAAGGUGAAGAAGAAGAAGAAACGUGGAGAGGGAGACUUUAUGGAAGAGGGCCGUACUUAUGUCACCAAGAGCUUCGCCAAGUUUUCCCAUGAUGCACCUCUGCCCGUGGUGAAGAAGAAACAUCUGACUAUUGAGCAGCUGAACGCACGGCGACGUAAGGUCUGGCUCACCAUCGCCAAAAAGGAGAUCCCCAAGUCUUUCAAGCAGAAGACUUCUGCAAAGAACCUGGUGUUGACCAAUGCCAAAAAGCUGGCUCACCAGUGCAUGCGAGAAGUGCGGCGUGCGGCCAUCCAGGCUCAGAAGAACUGUAAGGAGACGUUACCCCGGGCUCGACGCCUCACCAAGGAGAUGAUGCUUUACUGGAAGAAAUAUGAGAAAGUGGAGAAGGAGCACAGGAAGAGGGCAGAGAAGGAAGCCCUGGAGCAACGUAAGCUGGACGAGGAAAUGAGAGAGGCCAAGCGUCAGCAGCGCAAACUCAAUUUCCUCAUCACCCAGACGGAGCUGUAUGCUCAUUUUAUGAGCGGCAAAGCCAGCAUGGGGGGUCAAGGAGGGGACGCGGCUCAGGAGGAAAUUCUAAGAAAGCUCGACGACACUGCGGCCCAGAGACAGAUAGACAUUGGUGGAGGCGUGAUGGUCAACAUGGGACAGGAGGAUUACGAUAGUGAAUACUACAAGUCCCAGGCCCUGAGGAACGCCAAAGAAGCCUACCAGAUUCAUCAAGAGAAAACGAGAAUGUUUGAUGAGGAGGCCAAAGACAGCCGCAGUGCGUCUCUGCAUACAGCCACUGGCCCGUUCUCAGGCGCCGGCUCUGGGUUUGGAGAAAGCUACAGCCUCGCCAACCCAUCCAUCCAUGCCGGUGAAGAAAUUCCCCAGCCCACCAUCUUCAACGGCAAACUCAAGGGUUAUCAGCUCAAAGGCAUGAACUGGCUGGCGAACCUCUAUGAACAGGGAAUCAAUGGAAUCCUGGCAGAUGAGAUGGGACUGGGGAAGACAGUCCAGAGCAUUGCCCUUUUGGCGCACCUUGCAGAGAGAGACAACAUCUGGGGUCCAUUCCUGAUAAUCUCUCCAGCGUCCACGCUCAACAACUGGCAUCAGGAGUUCACCCGCUUUGUGCCCAAAUUCAAGGUGUUGCCAUACUGGGGAAACCCUCACGAUCGGAAGGUGAUUCGGAAAUUCUGGAGCCAGAAAACCCUUUACACACAAAAUGCACCAUUCCACGUGGUUAUCACGAGCUACCAGCUGGUCGUCCAGGACGUCAAAUACUUCCAAAGGGUCAAGUGGCAGUACAUGGUUCUGGACGAGGCCCAGGCACUGAAAAGCAGCACCAGCGUCCGGUGGAAAAUCCUCCUGCAGUUCCAGUGUCGAAACAGACUGCUGCUAACCGGGACGCCCAUCCAGAACACAAUGGCUGAGCUGUGGGCCCUGCUUCACUUCAUCAUGCCGACACUGUUUGAUUCCCAUGACGAGUUCAAUGAGUGGUUCUCCAAGGACAUCGAGAGCCACGCUGAAAAUAAGUCUGCCAUUGAUGAAAACCAACUUUCCAGACUGCACAUGAUCCUCAAGCCUUUCAUGCUGCGCAGGAUCAAGAAGGACGUGGAAAACGAGCUCUCGGACAAGAUUGAGAUCCUGACCUACUGCCAGCUGACGUCCCGGCAGAGGCUGCUCUACCAGGCUCUGAGGAACAAGAUCUCCAUCGAGGACCUGCUGCAGUCGUCCAUGGGCACGGCCCAGCAGUCUCACAGCACCACCUCGUCCCUCAUGAACCUGGUCAUGCAGUUCCGGAAGGUCUGUAAUCACCCCGACUUGUUUGAGCGCCAAGAGACACGCUCUCCUUUCCACAUGUCCAUCAAACCUUACAUCAUGUCGAAGUUCCUCUACCGCCAUGGCCUCAUACACUCGACUAACCAGGCCAGGAACAAAUUACUUCAAGUGCUGUUGUCUCCCUUCUCUCCAAACCACAUCCAGCAGUCUCUGUUUCACAGAAAAGGUGAUGACAAGGGAAGUUGUUUCUCCUUCCUGCGCUUCAUCGACGUGUCGCCUGCUGAGAUGUCCAACCUUAUGCUGCAAGGCACCUUAGCGAGAUGGUUAGCCCUUUUUCUGUCCCUGAAAGCUGCAUACCGGCUCCACUAUCAACGCCUGUUUGGCCUUGAAGAAGAGCGGCAGGAGGAGGCCAGAGACGGCGAGGGGAGCAGGGGCCGCUCGCAGCCCGGGAUUAUGUGUAUGUCUCACAAGGACCUGAUUCUGUGGCUGAACAGACCCACCGCCUUCCCCAACACGCACACCAGUCCUGUCCUCCAGGAUCUGGUGUUCACAGCAUUGAGGCCUGGCAUUGUGGGACAUGCAGAUGUGAAAAUCCACUGCAGAAGUUCCACUGCGUCCACGCUGCGGCCCUGCCGGCCCACCCUACCACCAAAGUUCCUGCUCGCUGCCACACCCCGGGUGACAGCAGUUCCCAUGGAGCGUUAUUGUGACGACCGCAGUGCAGCGUACGAGUGGCUGGUAACGCGCAGCGGAGGGGGCACUAUCUUCAAACAGUGUUUCCUCUACGGCUCCCCUGAACUUGCAUCAGCCUGGUGCACGAGGGCCAAUGCCUUCCACCCACAAUGCCCGGGGGGUGUGAUGGCACCGUGGCUCUACCCUCGUCACGGAUGGUCCUACAUUCAGAUACCUGAUAAGGAGAGUCUGAUCACAGAAAGUGGCAAGCUCCACACCUUGGACAUCCUGUUGAGUCGGCUAAAAGCGCAGGGACACAGAGUCCUCAUCUACUCCCAAAUGACACGCAUGAUAGACCUGCUGGAGGAGUACAUGGUUUAUCGCAAGCACACCUACAUGCGCCUCGACGGAUCCUCCAAGAUUUCUGAACGCAGAGACAUGGUGGCUGACUUCCAGAGUCGCACAGACAUCUUUGUGUUCCUCCUGAGUACGAGGGCCGGAGGGCUCGGCAUCAACCUGACCGCUGCUGACACUGUCAUCUUCUAUGACAGUGACUGGAACCCCACAGUGGACCAGCAGGCCAUGGACCGGGCUCACAGGCUGGGCCAGACCAAGCAGGUCACCGUCUACCGCCUCAUCUGUCAGGGCUCCAUCGAGGAGAGGAUCCUGCAGCGGGCCAAGGAGAAGAGCGAGAUCCAAAGGGUGGUGAUCUCUGGAGGGAACUUCAAACCAGACACACUCAAACCCAAAGAGGUGGUCAGCCUGCUAUUGGACGAUGACGAGCUGGAGAAGAAAUUGCGGCAGAGACAGGAGGAGAAGAGGCAGCUGGAGGAGUGCAGCAAAGUGAAGGAGCGCAAGAGGAAGAGGGAGAAAUACGCUGAGAAGCACAAGAAAAACGAGGAAUCAGAGAUCAAGAGGAAAAAGGAGACGAACCUCGUCAUCUCCCAUGCUCCCUCUGCGGACAACUCCAACCUCUCCGCAGAUGGAGAUGACUCCUUCAUCAGCGUGGAGAUGGACUCGGCCAUGCCCAGUCCCUUCAGUGAGCCUGUGUGUAUGUCUGUGUGUGCUCCUGUGCACGGCCAGAUCUCCCUGAGCAGCGAGCUCCAGCCUGGCUCGUUGCCGCCGGAUGCCGAUGCGGACGAGAGCAGCAGCGACAUGCUGGUCAUCGUGGACGACCCGGUGUCUUCUGCGCCGCAGUCCCGUGCCACCAACUCCCCGGCCUCUGUGUCUGGAUCAGUCUCGGACAACAUGAAUGGUGUGUCAGCAUCAGACACGAUCAGUCCUGGCAGAGGCCGGUCCGGGCGGAGUCGGGGGCGGCCCAAGGGGUCCGGAGGCGGGACCAAGUCAGGAGGAAAAGGUCGUGGGCGCAAAUCAACAGCGGGCAGUGCGGCUGCUAUGGCCGGAGCGAUGGCUGGCGCGGCAGCUGCAUCAGCUGCAGCUUACGCUGCUUAUGGCUACAGUGUUUCAAAAGCCGGCCUCGCCACGUCCAGCCCCCUGCAGCCUUCCCUGGGCCGGUCUGGCACCAGCCCAGCCUUCAACCCCAGCAGGAGCUCGUCCCCUCAGGCCAAAGGAGGCGCCUCCACCCCGAGUCCCCACAAACAGCUGUCCCACAGCCACCACCACAGCAGCCACGGUGGAGUCAGGAAGGGCAAGGGCCCCGGUGGUCCCGGGGCUCGAUGAUGCACUCGCACACACACACACACACACACACUCUCACAGCCGGCUCACUAUAGAACACGCAUACACAACACAUGAACACACAAAGAUAACUGACCUUCUCUCACUGUGAUCCCUACACACACACGCGCUACGCUUAAACAUAAAUAAAUAAGGAGUACAGUAUUUACAGUAACUGAGGCUCACUACCUGGAGGACCACGCAGCGAAUGAUAGGACCCUCUUCUUCCCACACACACGCAGUCAUUUGAAGGUACAGUCCCUACCAGCCUCCCCGUGUCUCGUGUCAGUUUUAUUUUAUCGUGUCCAGGUUAGUGGACAAAAUCUGCCUUGACUACUUUUUGUUUGCAAUUGUGACAACAGUAUUUCCAAGUGCUUUUUUCGAGAAGACAAACUGUACUUUUCUAUCCUUGACAGGAAGCUCUUUUGAUUUGCCACCACGCAGUAACAAUACAAUAAAGACGUGAACAAACGCGUGUAGCUUAAAGGGCUUUUGAAAUCCUUGUGUUUGCCAGCAUGGUGAGGCGAAGGAGUUUCUGUCAAAUGCACUGAGCCACGUCUUCCAUUUUGUGUGUGUGUGUGUGUGUGUGUGUGUUGUUGAUUCUCAUACAUGUACAUUAGGUUAUUUAAUUAUCCUGUACGUAUCCUCAGUGCAAACUGGUGAAGGAUUCUGCAUUUUACAGAAUUUAAUGUGGACCCACACUUGACCAACCUACACUUUACCAAACAAUAUGUCAACAGCUUUUCUACUAAAGCUCAUAUUUUUGUAAAAAAAAAGAUGUAAAGUGCCCAAACCAACAUUGCAGGUCGUAACAUUUUGAAAUAGAAAAAUUGUCCAUAACAUGUAUUACAGUACACAUGGAAAUGAAAAUUGAUUCUAUAUAUUUUUUGCCCAAUGGGAAAAUGAAUGAAUGAAUGGAUGAUGUAAAAAAUGAUAUUCCAAAAUAAGGUGUUCUGGUUGAUACGGCAAUGCUGCUAACGGUAAAUUUAGGAAUUUCACUCAGAUUAUUUGGUUUUCUAAUAUUUAAGUUAUUUGAGUUAUGUUGAAAGUGGGCAGUUCAUGACAAUUGUGAAUGAGAUAUUCACCUGUAAAACUAUGUAAAUUGUACUGAAGCCAUUUUUUUAAUUUUCAGAAGUUGCUUAUUGUGAUGAGGAGUCUGUGGUUCUCUUUGAUGUCAUUGAUGUUUUAGAAAAAGAAAAGGUUUGCAUCAGUGUCCUACGUUGAGCACUACAUCUGUUAUAUUAGAGGUUUGUUUGUUUUUGUGUUAAUAGUGUGAUUAAAAUAUGAUGUUCUAUAUUGAUGUAAAUAAUGAUGAGAGCAACGUUUUCCUCUGGCUUUUCCCUCAUUUGCCUGUCUAUUUUUAUAGGUCAUGUGUACAUACGAAGAAAUGCAUCUGCCAUUUUACUAACAGGAGGAGCCAACUGGAAAUAAAAGUGCUAAAUUGGC